AUGGAAAGGGACGAAAAGGUACCAGAGCAACUCAAUCAGUCUAUUGUAGGAACGCGCAUAGAUGAGCCUGUUCAAGAACCCGGCAAUACUCAGGGUGUUCCAGUUCCUUGUGUUAUUUCGCCCAUUGAAAUGCCGAGUGUUAUUGAGCGUAAUAAGGAAGAAGCCGAAAUCGAACCCGUAAUCCAGUUGCCGCCUAAGCCUAAAAGUGCGAUUGUCAUGAUGGAAGAACUCUUGGCAUUAGAACAAACCAAAAAAGUUGAUUCGGAAAUGCAAAGUGAGAAAGCAAUAAUUAAAAAAAAGCUAUUAAAAGGAAAAAUGAAAAUUUCCUCCGAUAUUAACCAUAUUUGGUGCCCUUCAUGCAGUGAAAUUGAGAGUGAUUCGCCUUGGAUUCAGUGCGAUACUUGUACUCGGUGGUGGCAUCAGGACUGCACGCAGUAUCGAGGAUCUGGCGAAUUUCUGUGCGAAAUAUGUCGCUUCUAA